AUGCGAUUGCUGCUGUGUGCGUGUGCAUGUGCCCUGUCGCUUGCAUGGGGCGUGAAUGCAUGGUACCUACCUGGUAGCGCGCCAAGAUCAUAUGCCAAUGGACAAUCAGUGCCUGUGCAUGUGAACGCGCUGCAGCCCAUGGCCGGAGCAACGCCUGUGCAUGGGCUUGUGAGCUACGACUAUUAUGAUGAGCGCCUUGGGUUCUGUCGACCAUCAUCGGGCAUAAAGGCAGAGCGUGGCAGUCUCGGAAGCAUCCUGUUCGGCGACCGAAUCUACAACAGUCCCUUGGCUGUCGACAUGCUGCAAGCCAAAUCGUGUGUUCCGAUCUGCAAGACACAAGCAACACCGGAGCAGGCCGACUUUAUCAACAAGCGGAUAUUUGAGCGUUAUGCCGUCAAUUGGAUGGUCGAUGGCCUCCCGGCUGCUGAUAUUGAUCUUGCAACCAAUGCAGAACAAUCGCUCCGAGCUAAUUCUGUUGGGUUCGUGCUCGGCACGAUCCUGGAUGCUCAGGGUCACCGACUCAAGACGCCCGCACUCUACAAUCACUACCAGCUGAAUAUUUCGUAUCACGAGCGCUCUCCGAAUGAGUAUCGAGUAGUGGGUGUGAACGUGCGUCCCAUGUCUCUUUCGUCGUUGCCUGCAGGGAACGCGGGUGCCGAGCCACGCUGUGAUGUGAACGAGCCUAUGUUCCUCAAUCCCAACGCCACAACACCCGUCGUUUACACAUACAGUGUUGUGUGGACACGGAGCAACACGCCAUGGGCAACGCGAUGGGACGCGUAUCUGCAUGUAGUGGAUCCGCGCAUCCAUUGGUACUCGCUGCUGAAUUCCACGGCCAUUGUCGCACUGCUCUGUGUGAUUGUAACAAUCAUCAUGGCACGCUCUAUGCGCCGAGAUAUCUAUCGGUACAAUGCUAUUGAUCUGGCUGAAGAUAUUCAAGAAGACUUUGGAUGGAAACUCGUGCAUGGCGAAGUGUUCCGCCCACCGGCUUCGUCGAUGAUGCUGAGUGUCAUGGCAGGCUCGGGUGCUCAGCUCGGUGCCAUGGCCUCUGUAACGCUGUUGUUUGCGCUGCUCGGGUUCCUGAAUCCAUCGAAUCGUGGCUCUCUUGGUACCAUCAUGAUUGUCACUUACACCCUUUUCGGCUGUUUGGGCGGCUACGUCAGUGCACGUGUGUAUGCAAGCUUCGAUGGCGCUCUUUGGCGUCGCAACAUGUUCCUAUCAGCCGUGCUUCUGCCGACGGCCGUCUUUGCACUGAUGAACCUGCUCAACUUUGUGCUUGUGCUGAACCACUCUUCGGGCGCUGUGCCGUUCGGCACGCUGCUUGCUCUUGUUGCGCUAUGGUUCCUGAUUCAUGUGCCCUUAUCUCUCAUCGGUUCGUACUUUGGUCUGAAGGCCGGGGGUUUCGAGCACCCAUUGCGUGUGAACCAGAUUCCUCGGCAGAUUCCGCCCGCACCAUGGUACUUGCGCCUCUGGCCGUCUGCAAUGCUUAGCGGUCUUCUUCCGUUUGGUGCUGCCUGGCUGGAACUCUUCUUCAUCAUUAAUUCGCUCUUUGGCAACCGAGUAUACUACGCAUUUGGUUUUCUGUCUCUCACAUUCGUGGUCACGGUUCUGACGACGGCCACCGUAAGUAUUCUUAACCUGUACUGUCAUCUUUGUGCAGAAGACUAUCGAUGGCAGUGGCGCUCGUUUAUCACGGGUGGUGCCAGUGCUUUCUGGUUGUUUAUGUAUGGUUUGUUCUUUUGCAUUACGCGGCUCAAUCUGCCAGACUUGUCGAGCAAGUUCCUAUUUAUUGGCUAUUUGCUGAUGAUUUCUACGCUGGACUUUUUGCUCUUUGGCUUUGUGGGCUUUAUCACAUGCUACAUUUGUGUGCAGCGCAUGUACCGUCAUAUUCGUGUAGACUAA